AUGUAUAAGCGCGGCCGCCCGGCGGAGGGCAACGAGAGACCCAUCAUUGGGAUCUUGUCACAGGAAUGUCACUUCGAGAAGUUCCACAGAUUUGGAAGUUCUUACAUUGCAGCUUCAUAUGUGAAGUUUUUGGAGUCUGCUGGUGCCCGGGUUGUGCCAAUAAGAUUAAAUCUUACAGAUGAAGAAUAUGAUAAAAUAUUCCACUUUAUUAAUGGGGUACUUUUUCCAGGAGGUGGUGUGGAUCUUAAGACUUCAGAAUAUUCCAGGGUUGCUAAGAUAUUUUACCACAAGGCAUUAGAGGCUAACGAUAAAGGAGAUUAUUUCCCAGUAUGGGGAACAUGUCUUGGACAUGAAGAGCUUACAUAUCUCACAAGUGGCGAAGUUUUACUUGUUAAUACCAAGACAGAUGGUUUUGCACUCCCUCUGAACUUUACCUCAGCUGCAAAAGACAGUAGAUUAUUCAAGAACUUCCCUGAUGAUGUAUUACGUGCCUUUGCUACUGAGCCAUUGACAUCAAACUUUCAUGUUUGGAGCCUCUCCAUGGAGAAUUUCACAAAGAAUGAAAAGCUUCGUAAUUUCUAUAAUGUUCUGACUACUAACACUGAUGAUGAAGUGGAGUUUAUAUCUACCAUGGAAGCAUACAAAUAUCCCAUUUAUGGUGUCCAGUGGCAUCCAGAGAAAAAUCCUUUUGAGUGGAAAAAUUCACCAGGCAUUCCACACUCCCCAUCAGCUGUAAGAGCAGCAUAUUAUAUAGCUGACUUCUUUGUUAAUGAAGCCCGGAAGAGCCUGCACCAUUUCCCCAGUGAAGAUGAGGAAGCAAAAGAAUUGAUUUAUAAUUAUACUCCAAUUUAUACAGGAACAUUUUCUUCAUUUCAGCAAAUAUAUUUUUUUGAUUGAGUAUCAUGUCAAAGUGCAGUGUUGCUAUUUAUAAGGGAAUUAUUUGCCAGCAUUGCAUAAUUAAGCUGAUAUAGUGCACCGCAUGUGACAGAAGGCCAGAUCAGUUCCCUUUCUUUACAAUGAUUUAUCCUGUGUUUCUUCUGCACUGUUGGACCAUUAAUACAAAAAUUUAUGUUCAAUAACAUAAUAAUUGUCUUGGAUGACACUUUAAGGCAAGCUAUAAAAAAAUUAAUUUUUCUUUCAGGGAGGUCUUGAUUAUGCUUAUAAACUUGGAAGUAAUCAUGUUUACUACAAGGAAAAACACUGUAUUCUUAUUUUUUUAACAUAUGAGAUUUAUUGUUGUAAAAUGAAGACUGUGGUAGGACUAAAGGCUUAGGUAUAUUGCUUCAUAAAAUCCUAUCCUUUUCAAAUGGUUUAACAAAUUUUAGGUUUGUCAUAAAUAUGUGUAUAUAAUCAAGUUGUUGACAGGGAUUAUUUUGUCAUUUGAAAAAUUGACCAAAAUAGUAAGGAGGCAUGGUAGCAAAGAGACAUUUUUGCCUAAAAAGCACGUUAUAUCCCAUUUGUGAAACUGUUUCUCUUGUACAUUCAGCACUGUUUGGAGUGCUUAUACCUUGUGAGGUUUACAUAAUAUGAGGAAGCAGUGUAAACUAGGCAUUUCAAAUACCAGGUAAAGUAAGUAAGUUUGGAGGGCAUAGUUAAGUGCUGAUUCUACUUUCUGUUUCUAAAAUUUAGUUUUAUAUAUCCUCCAAGAAUUUGUUUGAGAGUAACUGGAUGUUUCCAUGUAUCUGCUGACUCCAUUUCUUUGUAUUUAAAAGAAUGUAAAUCUAAUUUUUUCUUUGCAUAGUCUGACUUCUCCGGUAGCUACUGGGUAGAAUUCUCACUUUGAGUCAAAAUGUAGUUUGCCAUUAACAUAGCAAAGAUAGUAGUUUCUUUCUGUCUUGUUGGAUAGUUUAAUGCAGCUAGAAUUCAAGCAGCAGAUUAAUGUAUAUGAGAAACCUAUUGAUGUUGACGUAAUGUGAUCGUAGCAGUUGCAUUCAAUACACUGCAAUACCUUUUCUUUUUUUCUUGCUUCACUGUGCACCUCGUUAAAACUUUGUUCAGUGUGUUUGUGUGGUGUCUGAAAAGGAACUAAGAUGAGACAAUCAGAUAUAACUCUAUUGCACAGCUUCCAAACUCUGUUAACAUUAAUAGGGAUUUGGAGUUCAUGAAAAAUUCAGGUUUAUACCUCAGCUCUGUUUUGUAGUACUUUAUACUCAAGUACCAUAUCUGAAUAAAGCUAGUAUGUUUCUCAGGUUUUUCAAGCAAAAGACUAACUUGUUCUUUAUCAUGAAACAACUGUGUAAGAGAAUGUGAAAUAGAUUAGUUAAAAAACUGUAAGGAAACAUUAUCUGUGACAGAAAGACACUACCAGGCAAUUACAAGUUUAAACAUGAUAUAGCAGAUUAUCCUUAUAUUUGUCAGAUCAGCCAAAUUCAGUAAAUGGAACUUGUUUUUAAUAUAGGCGACUUUAUUAUAUUAACUAUAUUAGCUUGACUUCUGAGUAGAACCAAGUGUAAAAAAGAGGAUUAUACUUUACAGUUGCAUAUAAAUGUAGCAGCUAAGAUACUUACAAACCAAGUCCAGUGUUCUUUCUACAAAUUUCUAAAAAUUUUCCUAUCUAAAAAAUAAGGCAGGAUUUAGCCUUAAAAACAGGGAUCAAUCUUGCAAGUGAAAUGUCUACUAACUGCAAUCGUAAUUUGUUCCUAAGUGUGUAACUAUAAGGAAUAUUUUGUGUAAUAUGAAAAAUCAGUGUAUUUAUUAUGAAUUUGUAUGUGUCUUUCCUUUAUAUCCUUUAUCUUGUAAAGCCUUAUUUGAUGGAAUUAAUGAUUUUUCUAUGAUACAUGAAAUAAACUUUUAUUCA